GCUUUGUGCACAGCUUAGAUGUUUCGACACAUACCCCGUCCCAUUUCUUGUGGUCCAAUACCGACGAUCGUACUCUCUUAGCUCCAUCCUUUGACUUCUUGGCUUUCUCUUGGCCGCUUGACUCUGAACCCCUUGGCUCUUAGAGAAUGCUGCUUUUCCAUCUUCCCAGUGGCCUGAGUGGACGGACCACAAUCCACAUCCUGACACGCCAUACUCUGCCGUUCUGAGCUACGCCAUGAGUCCAUGUCCAGAUUGGUCGUCAUUGCGCUGUAGCGCACAUCCUCUCCGCUGUGGCUCAGCAUCAUGCACGUAGAGGCAUCGUCAAAGCUUGAUCACCGUUUCUCACACACGCUCCGUCCAGGAGAGGGGCUGAGGGUUCCUCGGAAGAGACCUAUAAUAAGGCGCAUCAGCUCCUCGAAUUGUUUCUCUUGUCACCCUCGACUGAUAUCUGUUGAAGCUCGUUGCAUAGUCAAGGCUAGUCCUUCAGUUCGUUCCUUCAUUCUUCAUCGCUUGCCUGUGGCAUAGCAUUACCAUCUUUUUUUUUCUGUGAAGCUUCUGAUCAGCACACUCCUUUUCGAGCUGACAUUUGUCUCACGUCGCAAGCCGGUUCUGCGAUUUCGAAUCCAACAAGUUCAGUCUUCACAACACAGUCUCUACGACAAUGUUUUGCAAAAGCAUCUCAGCCGCCUUUGUGGCCACACUCUUCGCAUCUGCGAACGCACAUUUCUUCAUCAGCACACCCGUGCCUAUCCCUGGCUCCGCUCCCAAGGACCCAUUGGACGCUUCAGGAGAUAAUUUUCCAUGCCACGGUGCUGAUUUGACCCAAGGGCAGACCACCUCAAUGGCAGCUGGUAGUAGCCAGCCACUCCAAUUCGAUCUCGGCCAAGGUGCAAACACUGCCGUUCAUGGUGGUGGAUCCUGUCAAAUAUCUCUCACCUACGAGACUGAUGCUACUAAGCUGAAGGAUCCAGCUAAUUGGAAGGUCAUACAUUCUUUUGUUGGUGGAUGCCCAACAAAUGCAAAGGGCAAUCUUCCCACGGCUGUGGCAUGCCCAACCAGUGCGCCCGAUUGCGUGUACCAGAAUUUGACUUUCCAAAUUCCUCAGGAAGUUCAGAAUGGCAAUGCCAUUCUAGCCUGGACCUGGUUCAAUAAUAUCGGAAACCGCGAAAUGUACAUGAAUUGCGCCAAAGUCUCCAUCACUGGUGGCAUAGGCCAGAUGGACAGCCUGCCCGCAAUGGCCGUUGCCAACCUAGCGAGCAUCAACUCCUGCAGCACGACCGAGCAAUUCAACACUGAUUUUCCAGAUCCAGGCCAAUAUGUCACCAAGGACACGACUCUGAACUACCCCUUGAAGCUCAUGCAGGGUACCGGUUGUGGUACAGGUCAGGGUAGUAGUGGUUCGACCGGAGGCUCGACGGGCGGUUCUACAGGAACAACCGCAGGCGGCUCGACGGGCAGCACUGCAACAUCUGCCAGCAGCGGCCAGUACACGGCCGUCCCAAGCUCAGGUACCGGAAACACCGGAGCGGGCUCAGGAAACCCAGGCGGCGUCUUCGCACCAGGAGCUUCCCCAACUGCAACCCAGAUUGCCACGACCUUCGUCACCUCGGCCGUCGCUCCAGCUGCGACCGGCUCGACCGGCUCAGGCUCGACAGGCUCAGGCUCGACAGGCGCAUCAACCGGCACCACCGGCUCGUGCACAAAUGGUCAGGUUGCGUGCUCAACUUCAGGCUUCUACUGUAUCGACUCGACCACGUUCGGCAUGUGCGCCUGGGGUUGCGCCACGCCAAUGCAGAUGGCCGCCGGCACCGAGUGCAGCGGCGGAGCCGUCAAGGCCAUUGCCUCUACCCAGAAGGAGAAGCGGACGCAUCCACGACAUCUCCAUGCUCGGGCUCACCAGAUGCGACACAUCAGCCCGCUACUAUGAGGACGCGACCUCAUGUAAAAUUCUAACCCCUCUUCUUCUUCUACGCUGUUUUCUUACCGCCAGAGACUCUGCAUUGCGAGCACUUGGGUCAUCAACUUUUUGUUCUUGUACAAUCUGCAUUUUUCUAGGCUUCCUGUCAAAGAGGCCAGCCACCAGGAUCAGGGAAGGCUUCACCUCAAUGAUUACAUGUGUGUAUAUCAUAGAACCCUUGGAUUCUUGAGCCAGACUUGGCCAAAUGAAGAAAAUCUUUGCUACCAUUCUCUCUGUGCCUGCUCUUUCGAUUCUUUCUCCCGCAGCCGACGUAACGGUCCAACCCGAGGAUCGAGUGACGAAUUGUACAACCAACGAGGGCCGUUCGGUCAUCCCCGAAGCGGGAGGGGAACAUGACACAGCGUUGCUUUCCGGACUGUGUCCCCGCCGCUUUGGCAGUGCGUCGCCAAAGAUGAGCCCCAGCCUCGGCGGCCUAGCCGGUCCAGACGGGCCGCGACGCGAACCUGCCUGCGAGCUACUCGCACCGCCUCGCAAAGCAAAAGUGUAGAUCGCACGAGCCGAAAAGAAAAAAAAAAAAAACCAAAAAGCCACGAAAACACGCAGGGCACUGUUCACCGCCAGCUUCUGUUUUGUGGCGACAGGUUUCCCCAGCACGUACUACGCCACAUGUGGGGAUUGACGUUUCGAAAGAACCCUGUUUGAGAUGUCGGAGAUGCUUGCACGAUGGGGUUCGCCGUGGAACGCAUCCAUGCCAGGCAUUCUUCAGAUUAAAGUGUUCCGCCAAGACGGUUCGAUUGCCGCUGGAAGGGAAAGCGUCGAACACGACAAGGAGUAGAAUCGGAUGAUGCAAUUUUGGAAGGCAUUGCUUGUGCAAUUGAUCGUGCGGCACACUGGAUUUCAUUACCAUGAGGAUACACUUUUCUUAUUGUCUCUGCUCGAUUAGUAAGGAGAUCUCACAGGGCAGAAUGCGGAUCAAACCGCCGAAUUAUUUUUGAGUCGGAAGAGCAAGGGGCAAGCGUGGUGGGACGCAGAUAUUUGGCCAUUACAUAAAGUAUGUUUGGCACUGUUUGCCACAUGUUUCUUCGAGUGUUUGUCCGGAAGGAAACUUGAGUACAAUGUAACCUUCAAGUGGCCACAUUAGGUUCUAAGAAUACACACGCACAAGCAUACCAACCCGAAUGCCACCGUGUGGAGAUUUCGCGGAUUCUCGGCCAAGUUUUGUUUACAAAAGUACAUGUACGUAUCUCACCGCGGACAUGGCAUGUGUAGCUAGACAACUGGAAGAGUGAAUGCAGCGGGCAUAGCACGUGCAAGCACCACUCAGUGACGGAACGCCUUGAGCUCGCGCUUCCUGGGUGAACGGGUCAGUGUACGUACAAAAGUGUGUAUAUUGCCACUCAUUAAUUUAUUCGAGGACACCGGGCAUGUGCGCUGUAUGGCAUGGGCAAAGGUGUACGUAGGUGUACAAGCCUUAUGCAGUACACUCAUCGAAGAGAGCGAUCGGCACCGACUUCCCAAGAAGGCAGCUUGAGGACAGACAGCACCGCCACAGCUCAUAUAGAUGUUUAUAUUGUUUGUUCCGCUUGUCAACAAGGGGGGCGUUCGGCCUGAGUAAGGGGCCAGGGCAGGGCAGGGCUAACAAUGUUUCACGCCCACCUGGUCCCCAGGAGAUUGCAUGAAACAAUGUGAGAGGGGAGACAUCGCACUACCAAGGCAGACAGGGAGUGGGGCGUUGCAGCAAAUGGAAGCGUAGCAGUCAAGAAGACGAUGUGACAAGGUGACGGACGAAAAAUGGCAGAUGGUCAUGUAACGUACCACCAGGCAAGAAAAUUCAUCGUCGAGACAUCGA